CGAUCAUGGCCUCAUCACCUCAAGUUCGAGUACCACAUUUCGCCAAAUUAUUACAAAACUCAAAAGUAGUAGGUCAAUUAGAUUUACAAACAGAACAAGUUUAUACUUCAUAUCAUGGUUAUAUUAAACAUCGAAGAGAUUUAGGAUUAAAAAGAUCAUUACCAUCUAAAUUUAGUUCAAAAUCACCAUGGAUCAGAUUAAAAGAAAUCGAUACAAAUUACAAUCAAACUGAUUACAGAUCUGCUUCUGCUGAAGUUUCAUUGGUUAAAAUGUGGAAUCAACUUGAAUUAGGUGUUAAAACUUCGAAAAAAAAUCAUGCUUCUCUUAAUGCUAUACCAGAACCAAGACCGAUCAGAAUCGAAAGUUCAUGGUUUGAUAAAAGUAGUGGAAUUGAUCAUAAAUUUUCGGAACGAUCCAAGGAUUUGAAAAUCGCUGGACCUUCUUCAAUCAAAACUCAACCGAAACAUAUUUGGACGAUGGAUCAGACUGAAUUCGAUUGUUUCUUGUCACUCAUGCGAACGCAUAGGUCAGAAUUCAAACGGUUCCUUGAAUCAAAAGAGCGAAGGAAACAACGGAUCCAAGCAGAGGCACGUUCCACCAAUCUAACUGAAUCAGAGCUAGAGGAAGUCGAUAUAAAUCUGUAUGCUUAUUCUCAACAGAAUCCAGAAGAGAUUCGUCGAGACAUCGAAGAAUUUUUAGUUUACCUGAACGACAAACGAGUUGUCUCAAAAGACGAUCCAACCAUCCAACCUAUGACUCAUCCUAAUCUUGGACUUUCAUACGGUCAUCCUGAUUUACUCCAUAACGAGCGUUUAACAAAACCUAUACCUGGUCGAGUGUUAGAUCAACCCGAUCUGAGAGUCAGUCGACAGACUGUUAGUGUGGCUGGGAUUGUAGGAUCAUUACUUAGGUCUUCUCAAGUCGAUUUACCUGCUACGCCUUUCGAACCCGAUGCAAAUGGAUAUCAUAAUGUAGAUCAGGGCAAAGCUCUCUUCCGACUCGAAUCAGCUUCUAUUGAUCCUUAUGAUCUACCAAGUUAUAAAGACUUUCAAGGUUUCAAUGAUCAAAGUGAUGCACCUAAUCGUUAUAUCGAUCCUAGAAACAAACCCAGAGCAUUAGGACCUAAUCGAUUCCGAGUUCAAGUUAGAGAAGGAGAUCGAAGUGAAGCUAAUCGAUCGAAUGUUCAUCAUAAGAUUGGUAGUCCAGAUUGGGUUGGAAGUGAAUCGGCCAAACGACAAGAAACCUUUGUACUCGAUUUCCUUAGCUCUUUAUCUCGAUCUGCUACCACUCCUUCUUCUGCUGUUGGGAACUCUUUGACAGGUAAAGUCGAUUCAAAUAGGAAGAAUGUAGAUGGACGUGAUCAAAAGUUUGGUGGAAGUGGUCAAGGUCAUAGUGAUCAAUUAUUGAAGGUUCUUAAAGAUUUGAUCAAUAAACCUCCAUCACGAUCAUGAGAAGAUGGGGUCAACUUUAUAAAUAGAAAACCUUUAGGUUCUUUAACACUUCUUUCUGUUGAGCUGCCUACCAAAAAUAAAAUAAUAGAAAUUGGAUAAUUGUAUUCUGUGAUGAAUUUUUCUCUCAAGAGUAGACUUAUAAAUGCAUUGGAAAAUCAGUGUAGAGC